AUCGAUACCAAAAGUGAUUUCUAUUUAUGUCGAGUAUAUAGGUUAUUGAAAGUCGUUCAGCUAUAACACACAUUCGAGACGGACCUCCAGUGAGUAUGGCAGUGUAUCGUCUCCUGUCAGUGUACAUCGCAAUAGCAUGUUGCAAUGCUUGUUUAAAAGUAGAGUUCUUGGUUGACAAAGUCAUGGUGGACAAGACAAGUAAUAGUGACCUUCAGGCCAUGUUGAGUGGCAUCUCCACUAAUAACGAGUGUGGCAUCAAGUGUAUGGAGACAACAGGCUGCAUGUCUUUCUUCUACAACCAAGCUGAUGGCAACUGCAGGCUUCACUCCGCCAUGUUCAAGUCUUCAGAGUCGUCUCUGGCAGCAACCCCUGGCUUUACCUACCGUAAACCCUUUUGCCCUCCCCUUGCAAAGGAUUUGAUACCUAACGGGAAAACGGGAGUCUUCUCUGAGGGUGGUUUCCUGGUAGCACGUACGUCAUGUGAAAGCGACGCCAUCUUCGUUGGAACAGCUGACUCCGUGAAAUGUGACGCCGAUGGUUUUUUGGCCCGAGAUGGGGUCAUGCGCUUUAACCCGCUGGUCGAAUCCGGUAUGUCUCUCUAUGUAUAUUUUUCUCGCCUAAUCAUAAUCUGCUAUACGGUUAAAAUAAUGUGGAGAAGUCCCAGGAAUGCUGCCAUGGAAACGUCAAAAUGACGUGUGAAAAAUUGGCGACAUUGUGAACGGAAAGGGCCAAAUCUAAACAGCGAGAGAAAGCAGGACGUGGCCAUAACAAAAUCAGCGACUAUUUUAAAUUCAUUUUAGCAGAAGAUGAAUAAUGGUAACGGACAAGUAGUAUAGGAA